ACGGGGAGUCGCCUGACCUCGGAGCUCAUGUGACUCUCUGGCGGGAGGCUGAAAAGCCGAGGGGGUCUCCGGCGUCUCCCACUACUCCCGACUCUCCCAGCCAUGGUCCGGCCGGGGCAUGUCGGGGCUCUGCUGCUGCUGCCGCCGCCACUGCUGCUGCUUCUUCCCCUGCUGGCGGUCGAGACUCUGGUCGAGACAACGGAGGCGUCGGAGGCCUACGUGUGGCCGUGGCCGCAGAAGAUCUUCGUGUCCCCCGAUCAGAUCUUCCCCCUGAACUACCGGCUCUUCCAGUUCCAGUAUGCAGACACCUCAGUGGUGCAGCCCGGCUGCUCGGUGCUCGACCAGGCCUUCGUCCGCUACCUCGGCAUCAUCUUCGGGCCCGGGCCGCGGCUCUCCCCUGACCAUCGAGAACUGAACCAAACACUAAAGGAUUCAUUAGAAGUUUUUGUGGCUGCCCCUUGGUGUGACCUGUUUCCUGAAAUGGACUCUCUGGAGAACUACACCCUGUCCCUCACUGAUGAACGUUUCAUCCUGAAAGCUCAGACAGUCUGGGGAGCUCUCAGAGGCCUAGAGACUUUUAGCCAGCUCAUUUGGAGAUCUGCUGAGGGCAUGUUCUAUGUCAAGUGGACAGAAAUUGUAGACUUUCCCCGAUUCCCUCACCGAGGCUUACUGCUGGACACAUCUCGUCAUUACUUGCCACUGCAAGCCAUCCUGGAGACGCUGGAUGUUAUGGCAUAUAACAAAUUCAACGUGUUCCACUGGCACAUAGUCGAUGACCCUUCCUUUCCAUACGAGAGUAUGACUUUCCCUGAGCUUAGCAGACAGGGAUCCUACAACCCUGCCUCCCACAUCUAUACAAUGAAGGAUGUAAAGACAGUCAUUGAAUAUGCCCGAUUGCGAGGCAUCAGAGUCUUAGCAGAGUUUGAUACACCGGGACACACUUUGUCUUGGGGAAAAGGUAUUGCUGGAUUGCUGACUCCUUGCUACUCAGGGACCACUCCUUCUGGCAGUUAUGGCCCAGUGAAUCCCAUCCUCAAUAUGACCUAUGAGAUCAUGGCUUCAUUAUUCCAAGAGAUCAGCUCAGUUUUCCCAGACUUUUACCUUCACCUUGGAGGAGAUGAGGUUGAUUUCAGCUGCUGGCAAUCCAAUCCAGAUAUCCAAGCCUUCAUGAAGCAAAGGGGCUUUGACAAGUAUGAGAAAUUGGAAUCUUUCUACAUUCAACAGCUGCUGGACAUUGUGUCUUCUUUUGGAAAGGGCUAUGUAGUGUGGCAAGAGGUGUUUGACAAUAAUGUGAAGCUGAGGCCAGACACAGUGGUGCAUGUCUGGAAGGAAACAAAGCCUGUACCAUAUGCCCUGGAGAUGCAGAACGUCACGAACGCAGGCUACCGUGUCUUGUUGUCUGCUCCCUGGUACCUGAACCGCAUCUCCUAUGGGCAGGAUUGGCAGCAGCUCUACAUGGUGGAGCCCCUGGACUUUGAAGGCAGCCCUGAGCAGAAGUCUCUGGUUAUUGGGGGCGAAGCCUGCAUGUGGGGCGAAUAUGUGGACGUGACAAAUCUGACCCCCAGACUCUGGCCCAGGGGAGGAGCUGUGGCAGAGAGGCUUUGGAGCAGCCAGUCAGUGAGGGAUGUGGAUUUGGCGUAUGAACGGCUGGCACACUUCCGGUGUGAGCUGCUCAGACGAGGUGUCCAGGCCCAGCCUCUCUAUGUUGGCUACUGUGAGCAUGAAUAUUUCCAAAACCACAAAGCAAGGUCAUCCUUGAACUUAGUCUAGAUGUGUUGAUCACCUGAGAACUUGGGUCAUGCCAGGCUGGCUCCCUAGCUUAACCCAAAUGA